CGUGAGCCGAGCGGACGGGAUCAAGUCGAACACGUGCUCUGCGUUCCGCACUCUCGAUCGCCUGUGAGACUCUGAGAAAAACCGUUCGCGCUUUUUAAAAUGGCGGCUCCUAGCAAAGCAGAGGAUCUAAUAAUGCUGAUGGAAAUGUUUGACGAUGACACCGAUGACGACGACGACACUGAUGACGAAAUAAUACUGGAAACAAUCGAUCGCAGCUUCAAGCAAGUUUUAUUUUCAGCGGCAUCCCUUUGUGGACGAAAUAGGAAAAUGCCCACAAGAACUGAAGAUUAUGUGGAAAGAAAUGAACACGAGUACUGUGAAGGAGAAUCUCAGCAGCAUUUUCGAAUGAACAGAGUAGAUUUUGAAUCUGCGUCCACGUGUUGGAAGGAGGAGCAUAACAUGAUAGAACAAGUUUGUGCGGAAAACCAGCUUUCAAGUGAUGAGAAUGCACACACCGAAGAAACGAGACAGACUACGCCACAAAAGGCACCGGUCCCUUUGUCAUCGGCCGCACAGUCCCCAUCAACAUCAUCGUCUCCAUCAGCAUCGACCACACAGUCCCAGUAUUCAGAUUUCUGUGACAGAAGGAGCAGUUGUAAGAAACGCAAAAGAACUGCGGCAGAACCACCACAGUGGUUUCUCGAGUAUGCUAUUAUCCAAAGAAAAAAUAUGAAGAGCUUGUUGAAAAAGGAAUUUCAAGAGAGGAACCUUCUCCUAAAACAGAGGAACAAUCUCCUGAAUGACAGGAACCGUAUCCUAAAUGACCAGAUUAAUAUCCUAAAAGAAAGAAAUGAGCUUCUUAAGAGCUACAUUCAGCAACGUCUACAACCCCGUCCUGGCAGUUUAAAAUAAAAAAUGAAAAGUACAAA